AUGAAACAGAUUCUGAUCCUGUGUGUGUUGGUAGCACUUUCGCAGUGCAUAAGGAUACCAUUGAUCAAGGGCAAAACUACACGGCAGAAGCUGCAGGAGAAUGGUCUGUGGGAAGAAUACAGAAAGAAAUAUCCUUACGUCCCCUGGGUCAAGUUUGAUCAGACUGGCCAAGAGCCCAUGACCAAUGAUGCUGAUCUUUCCUACUAUGGUGUGAUUACCAUUGGGACUCCUCCUCAGCCAUUCAAGGUGAUUAUGGACACAGGCUCAUCUAAUUUGUGGGUGCCGUCUGUGUACUGUUCAAGCCAAGCCUGCCAGAACCAUGAUCAGUUCAAUCCACACCAGUCCAGCACAUUCCAGACCAGCAAUCAGUGUAUCUCUAUUGCGUAUGGCACAGGCAGCAUGACCGGUUUCUUGGGAUAUGACAUUGUGACGGUUGGUGGAAUUUCAGUGCGAAAUCAGAGCUUCGGACUGAGUGAGACUGAAGCACCCUUCAUGGCUAGCAUGACGGCAGAUGGUAUCCUGGGUCUAGCCUACAAAUCCAUAUCUUCCGAUGGUGCCAUUCCUGUCUUUGACAACAUGAUGAAUCAGAGCUUGGUUUCCCAGGACCUCUUCUCAGUCUACCUGAGCAGCAAUGAGCAAGAGGGCAGCAUGUUGUUCCUGGGAGAGAUUGACAGCUCCUACUAUACUGGCAGCAUCUACUGGAUCCCUCUUUCCUCUGAAACCUACUACCAGAUCACCAUGGACAGUGUAUCUAUCAAUGGGCAGGCUGUUGCAUGCUGUGGAGGAUGUCAGGCUGUUGUUGACACUGGCACUUCCAUGAUUGUUGGCCCAACAUCAGACAUCAACAACAUUAAUGCUUGGAUGGGCGCCACAGUAAACCAAUAUGGAGAUUAUAAUGUGAACUGUAACAACAUCCAGAGCAUGCCUUCAGUUACCUUCACCCUUAAUGGCUACUCCUUCACCAUCCCUCCUUCAUCCUACGUCAGUCAGAACUCUUAUGGCUGCAUGACAGGUUUCAGUGGCAGUAAUGACUUUCUAUGGAUUUUGGGUGAUGUUUUCAUCCGAAACUACUACACCAUCUUUAACAGGCAGACCAACAGUGUUGGCUUGGCUCAGCUUGCUUAA